UCGCCGCGGCGGCCAUGGCAGCGAUAUUCUCGCACUGCCACGGCGGCGCCGGCAUGGUGAUGGUGGUGGUGGUGGUGGUGAUGGUGGUAGGGGUGGCCGGGGACCCGCCGUUCUCGUGCGGGCCGGCGUCGCCGGCGGGCGAGCGGGCGUACGCGUUCUGCGACGCGGCGCUGCCGGCGGCGGAGCGCGCGGCAGACCUGGUGGCGAGGAUGACGCCCGCGGAGAAGGUGGCGCAGCUCGGGGACCAGGCGGCCGGCGUGCCGCGGCUGGGCGUGCCGGCGUACAAGUGGUGGUCGGAGGCGCUCCACGGGCUGGCCACCUCCGGCAGGGGGCUCCACUUCGACGUCCCGGGCUCCGCCGCGCGCGCCGCCACCAGCUUCCCGCAGGUGCUCCUCACCGCCGCCGCCUUCGACGACGACCUCUGGUUCCGCAUCGGCAAGGCCAUCGGCACGGAGGCGAGGGCGCUGUACAACCUGGGGCAGGCGGAGGGGCUGACCAUCUGGUCCCCCAACGUCAACAUCUUCAGGGACCCACGGUGGGGCCGCGGCCAGGAGACCCCCGGCGAGGACCCCACCACGGCGAGCAAGUACGCCGUCGCCUUCGUCCGGGGCCUGCAGGGGAACUCGCCGGCGACGGCGCUGCAGACCUCCGCCUGCUGCAAGCACGUCACGGCGUACGACCUCGAGGACUGGAACGGCGUCCAACGCUACAACUUCAACGCCAAGGUGACGGCCCAGGAUCUGGAGGACACGUACAACCCACCGUUCAAGAGCUGCGUGGUGGACGCGAAGGCGACCUGCAUCAUGUGCGCCUAUACGGGCAUCAAUGGCGUCCCGGCCUGCGCCAACUCCGACCUCCUCACCAAGACCGUCAGGGGAGACUGGGGCCUCGACGGGUACAUCGCCUCCGACUGCGACGCGGUCGCCAUUAUGCGUGACGCGCAGCGCUACACGCCGACGCCGGAGGACGCCGUCGCCGUCGCCCUCAAGGCCGGACUGGACAUGAACUGCGGCACCUACGUGCAGCAGCACGCCACGGCGGCGAUCCAGCAGGGGAAGCUGACGGAGGAGGACAUCGACAAGGCGCUCAAGAACCUCUUCGCCAUCCGGAUGCGGCUCGGCCACUUCGACGGCGACCCCAGGAGCAACGGCGCGUACGGCGGGCUGGGUGCCGCCGACAUUUGCACGCCGGAGCACAGGAGCCUCGCGCUGGAGGCAGCCAUGGACGGCAUCGUCCUGCUCAAGAACGACGCCGGCAUCCUCCCGCUCGACCGAACGGCGGUGGCCUCGGCAGCCGUCAUCGGGCCCAACGCCAACGACGGCCUGGCGCUCAUCGGCAACUACUUCGGCCCGCCGUGCGAAUCGACGACGCCGCUCAGCGGCAUACAGGGGUACCUCAAGAACGUGAGGUUCCUCGCAGGGUGCAACUCGGCCGCCUGCGACGUCGUGGCCACGGAGGAGGCCGCCGCGCUGGCGAGCUCCUCAGAUUAUGUCUUCCUGUUCAUGGGGCUCAGCCAGAAGCAGGAGAGCGAAGGGCGCGACAGGACGAGCCUGCUGCUCCCCGGGGAGCAGCAGAGCCUCAUCGCCGCCGUGGCCGACGCCGCCAAGCGCCCCGUCAUCCUGGUGCUCCUCACCGGCGGCCCCGUCGACGUCACGUUCGCGCAGACGAACCCCAAGAUCGGCGCCAUCCUGUGGGCCGGUUACCCGGGGCAAGCCGGAGGCCUCGCCGUCGCCAGGGUGCUGUUCGGCGACCACAACCCCAGCGGGAGGCUGCCGGUGACAUGGUACCCGGAGGAGUUCACCAAGGUUCCCAUGACGGACAUGCGGAUGCGUGCUGACCCGGCCACCGGCUACCCUGGCCGGAGCUAUCGCUUCUACCAGGGCAAGACCGUCUACAAGUUCGGCUAUGGCCUCAGCUACUCCAGCUACUCUCGCCGGCUUGUCUCCGCCGGUAAGCCAGCAGAGUCCUACACCAGCCUACUUGCUAACCUGAGGACAACUACAUCAUCAGAAGGUGAUGAGAGUUACCAUAUCGAAGAGAUCGGCACCGAUGGCUGUGAGCAGCUCAAGUUCCCGGCGGUUGUGGAGGUGCAGAACCAUGGCCCCAUGGACGGCAAGCACUCGGUGCUCAUGUACCUCCGGUGGCCAACAGCGAAGGGCGGCCGGCCCACGACCCAGCUGAUUGGGUUCAGGAGCCAGCUUCUCAAGGUAGGGGAGAAGACCAACAUCAGGUUUGACAUCAGUCCAUGUGAGCACUUCAGCAGGGUAAGGCAGGACGGCAAGAAGGUAAUUGACAGAGGGUCUCAUUACCUCAUGGUAGACAAGGAUGAGUUGGAGAUUAGAUUUGAGUCCUGAGUUUUAGAUGGAGGGGAAGAAUUACAGGUGGUGCAUACGGUGCAAUUCUUUCACUGUAUAAUUUAUUUGUUCCAGUGGUUAUGAUUCAGUUGCCUUGGAAACUGAGGUUUCUAGGCUCCAGGAAAUGUGUUUGGCACCUUUUCAGGUAUAGCUCACACUAUUCCGGAGAAGAAAAGUUCUUCCAGUAUCUUUGAAAUGGAUAUUGGAUUAUUGAUUUACCACUUCACAAUUAACCAACAACUAUAUUUUAUACCCUUCUCUGUACUAAGCAAGCGUGCAAUGCAAACU